GACUUUAAGAUAGUAUUUUUUUAUAUAUAGAUUAAGAUGUGCAGUUGUCGCCGAAAUUUGAGACUAUCACAGGGAAAUAAAGGUUCAAGUCGAGGCUGCAGCAUGGAACUCGGAGCUAAGAUUUUUACAUGGUGAUGUCAAUUCAACGUCUCAUUUUAUUAACAGAUUGCUGAGGUAUUCUAGAACUUCAACAAUAACUUAAAUGCUGCCUUGCACCUUUUUGCCGAGUGGGCCCACACGCCUAGAUUUUCUUCCUGACUGUUAAUGCCUUCACAUGUAAGCAGCUGACCAGUCUCUGAAACCAUGGACAGAGGGUGGUUUAUUGGCCAAGAGAAGGUUUUGCCCACAACAUCUGAACAGGACAAACCUUUGACCGAUGCUUGUACGUUAUUUUCCAAGCCUUAUUUGGCAAUCAACCUGAAUGACAUGCUACGGCACAUAAAAAGUGAUGUGGAGAAGAAGCCGAUUCCCAUCCGACCGCCAUGUCCCAGAUUGUCUACCCCAAGUGCUCUGAACGGCCACACACCAUUGUGUGAGCCCAUUCCAAAAUCCAUCAUCCGACAACGCUCACGGUCUCUUCCACCUACCACAGAAAAAAGGAGGAAAUGCAGACAUAUUGGCGUACGAUUUAUUGACUCCCUUGGCCUUGACCUGGAGGAUAUCAAGUUUUUCAAAGCUGGAGAUGAACCAUCCGUACCACAUCAUGUCAGAUUUAAAUUACUGAUGGGAGCAGAGUUGGCAGGUGGAAACCAUUUGGAGAUAUCUUUGCCAUACUUAAAACCCCUUUUUGAUCAACAGACCAGUGAUCAACCGGGAUUUUUGCAUCGUCUCUGCAAACACAAAGUGUGUCUAGAGCGAGUCCGAGUGUUUGAAUUUUGUGUCAUUGGAAUCGCCCAGGUGCUCAAUCUGGAUUUUGAGAAAGAUGUAACAGCUCGGUAUUCAUUCACAGAGUGGAAGAGCUGUGCAGAAACAAAGGCCUCGUGGGUCUCUACCAACACCAAGAUCUAUGAAGGAGAUGGUCAACUCACAUGUGAUAUGUUCCGUUUCUAUUUGCCUGUCCCUCCAUUCCUGCAGCCUGGGGCAGUGUUGGAAUUUGCCAUCAAGUACAAGGUUUGUGGAACUGAAUACUGGGACAAUAAUGACGGACAAAAUUACAAGUUAGUUUGUUAUAGUUACACACACACUGUGCCCAAGGAAUGUGAGGAUAGCAUGGUUCACUUUUUUUAGGAUGCUGACUGAAGGCAAAUAAAAAGCACACUUGUAAGACUUUUCCGAUAUUGACAAAGCACCUUUUAUUUGAAAAAUAACACACUACACCUGAACUUGUAAUUAACUGACCUUUGGUGGAAUAACUAAAUCCGUCAGUGAAUGCAGUUAUACCUUUUUCAUAUGUUGUCAUUUUAUACUGCUGUACAUAAUUUGACUGGCACAAGCAUUCCUAUACGUUUAUACUUGGCAAUAAGGUUAGCAAAAUAUUACAGAAUGUAGUAUAUAACUUAUUAAGUCACUCAAAGAAAAGGCUGUAUGGCCCUCAAAUCUUAGCGUGGCUCAAUGUGUUUGUAAACAAAAACAAAAAAAAUGAAGAAAAUGUGCAACUUCUGUUGUACAAUUCACAAAUGAGGACUAUUUUCUGUCAUGUGUGAUACAAAUCAGGACUUUUUUGUAAUAAAGAUGUGAUCAUAUCUGGUGUUUGUUCCCCCCCAUCCUCCAGUAAAUAGGCCAGUAGCAGUGGUACUUUGUUGGUGUUUUUUUUUAUUUUUUUUUUUUAACUAUAUUGAUUGGUGUCAUACGCUGAUCACUGAUCUUACUUCUGAAAAGUAAGAACACAUGACUAGCUAUAGUCCCGUAACGCUUGUAAACUCAGGGUCGGAAGAAGGACAGGCAGGCGGAGGCUACGAACAGGCUGGGCGCUUGUGGCACACUUUUAUUCAGCAAAAAGAAAACAUCCAAAAAGAUAAACAAACCAAAACUCGUCGUCGUAUGUCACGGCCACGCUGUGGAAUACCUCUGGUCGUCUCACGACCGGUCCCAAGUCUCUUACUCCUUUCUCUCUCACGACCUCUCCCCAUUUAUCUGUUGGGGAGAGCACCUAGAUGGGUGACGAGCCACCAGGUGUGGCCUGAUGAGGCAAUUGCUGACAGGUGUGGUGGUCACCGUACAUGGUGCUGAACCCCUGUGGUGAGCCCUGUGGAACUGUUCACUGGAGCGUAGCCUCCACCUAGUCUCAGCAUGGCAAAAACACUUUUAACCCACAUACGACUAGUAUGACUUCCAUGUGCUUGCAGAGUUCUCAACUUUUAGAAACACUCAUUUCUACAUGUAUUGAUAUAAUA